AUGUGCCCCGCUCCAGCUCCCGCUACCGGCGUCGACCCGGGCCUGCGGUAUGCGGGGCAAACAGCUGGUUCGAUUCCUCAACGGCUCAAAGGUCGACGGACUCUGGGGAUAGCGCUGGGUGAUCUUCAGCCCGGCUUAUUUACUGAGCCUUCCUUUGGUCCUUACUGCGUAACUGGAGUCUUUCCUGUGAAGCUGUGUCAGGUUGAGAUGGCAUUAGGGCUCCGCGACACCCUCCCGUCUGGGCAACUGAAAGAUCUCAAGCAGCGGAUCAUUGAUGGUUCUGUUGUAUUAUCAAAGUCAAACGCGACCAACGUGACUUAUCGUAACCACUUUUUGUACUUAUUAGUAGUGAGAUUGCUUUCAGUGGCCUCUGCGGGCGAAUUUUCGUCGCAGUUGGCUCGUUCACACCUAGGAAGACUUUCACAUGCGUCAUUCGUCCCCUGCAGACGCAUGUUUCCUGCCCCGACGAACCCCAUCGAAUCCUCAAAGAUGUUCCCGGCUAAACUAAACAAAGAAGCCAGAGGACUAGGGGUAUAA